AUGGUCGCUUCGUGGGUCGGCGUUCUUUGUCCCGACGCGCGUUCAGGAGGAGGGCAUUCCGCGCCUGCUGAAGGGGGAGAGUGUGAGUAUAUGGCGAGUUCGGCGUUUGAGUAUUGUUGUCUCUUCGUAUCCUCCCCUUCAGGCACAGGCAAGACCCUCGCCUACCUCCUCCCCAUCCUCCACCUCCUCCACCUCCCCACCCUCUCCUCCUCCCUCUUCUCUCCUCCCCACAUCCCCUCCUCUCGCCUGCGCCAACUCCACAAACGCCCCCAAGAAGGGAAACGCUCAGCAGCAGCCAAUCGCAGUGCGCCAGCUGGCAGUGGUGCCGCUGCCGCCACCGCUGCCGUUGCUGCCAGUGGCCCGUUUUGUCUUGUUCUGACGCCCACGUUGGAGCUGGCCAAUCAGGUGGCGGAGGAGGUUCGGCGAUUCACUCGCUUCGUGCCGGAGCUGACGGUUGAUGUGGUGACGGCUGCUGCAUCACAGCAAGCUGCGUCUCAGGCAAAUCUGACGGUUGACGUGGUGACUGCGGCUGCAGCACAGCAAGCUGCGUCUCAGGCAAGUGCGCUCUCUGCACUGCCGCCCGCCCCUCGUGCUGGUCGCCACGCCUGGCCGCCUGCUGAGGCUCUUCCGAGAGGUCGUCCUUGUAUCCGCCACCAUUCUCCCCGAGUCAGAGCUGCUGCUCUCCUCGCCACUCCUCUCCACCCCUCUCCACCCCUCUUCACCACUUUUUACCCCCCCUGCAUUCCGCAGGUCAUCCUCGUAUCUGCCACCAUUCUCCCCGAAUCGGAGCUCCUGCUGCGCCGCUUUGCUCCCAGAGGGGACAUGCUGAUCGUUCAACCCUCAUCAUCGGACAAACCGUUGGGAAAGUGGGUGGCUUUUCUACGUGAAAACCACCAAGUGCUUGUCUUUGUUCGCACAGUGCAUCGAGUCGAAAGGCUGCACCAAACUUUGUGUGAAGGGGGCAUAACAGCAGUGCGGCUGCAUGGGGAAUUGACAGGGCCGGUGAGGAGCCAAUCUCUGGAGAUGUUCAGGCAGGGAAAUGCGCAGGUGAGUGGCGGGUGUGUGGAGGGGGGGGGAUGUUCCGGGGUCCUAGUAUCCACCAACGUGGCAGCACGCGGCGUUGACAUUCCCAACCUCCCCUUUGUGGUGAACUUUGACCCUCCGGGCAGCCCGCAGGAGUACUUGCAUCGCAUCGGCCGGACGGGGCGGGCAGGGGCGUCCGGAACUGCCAUCAGCUUCUUAGAGCCUCUGAAUGAGGAGUCAUCCAUUGGAAAGAGAGCUCUUGCUACGGAAUCGCAACUAGGCGGGCGUGUGCAGGAGGAGUCCUCUCAGAAAGCCGAUAUGCCAGACUGGAUGGCUGCAGCGCAAGAGCUUCUGGGCCAGCGAAUAGAGUUCCGGAAAGUGCCAGGCCCCUGGAGGGACGACCCAGAUGACAUUGAGGAUUCAGUCAUCCCAUCUUCAGCCCGCCCUUUCCUCCUCGUGACCCCAUCCACCAGCCUUCGCGCCACAUUCACUCCCAGUCCCACGCCCAAGUCUGCUUUUGAGUCGACUCAAAAGCUCCCAGUCCCAUGCCCAAGUCGCCAUACUCCUUCCUCUCCUCUGCUACACAAUGGGAGAAACAGCUACACCUUUCGAGCCAGAGUCCGCUGUUUUGUGGCCUUCUCAACAACCUUCUCUUCCACAGGAAGCCCUUUCCUCCUCCUCACCCCAUCCACCAGCUUGCGAGCCACGUUCACCCCCAGCCCUACCCCCGAGUCGCCAUACUCCUCCCUCUCCUCCUCUGUCCGCGGCACAAAGAACGGAUCGUCUGCGACCAUCAACCAAUGGCUCAUCGCCAGCUGUCCGGGGGGGGAAGGUGGGAGGGGGGGAGGAGUGGAGAGAGAUGAGAGGGGGGAAAGGGAGGGUGUGAGGGCAAAUGCAAAAGAGAGGAAGGAAAGGGAGGGCGUGAGGGCAAAGGUGGAAGUGCAGCAGCGCAGCCGAGCAGCAGCGUAG